UACCUGGGCUCCUGAAGGGCGGGUGGUUAGGUCGUAACCGCUACCAGCAAACUCACCUAGACGGCCAGUCUCCGCAGCUACCAGCCAGAGGAGCCGUUCCCUGUUUAUGGCCUACAGCAGGGUUCCGCUCUUUCUGCCGCCUCUGCCUUUGCAGUGCCCACCUCUUUGCGGGUGAAGUUACUUCUGGGUUUCCAGACCUUGUGGCGUGAGGCCCAAAAUCCGGACGAGUCCCCAACCCACCCUUUUUCCCUCUCAUCCUCUCUUACAUCACCGAAUAACUCCGCCUUUGAGCCGGCCCGCUUGGCCUUUCCUUGAGACCAGGUUCAGGGCGGUAAAGAUAUCCGCGGCGAAAGCGGCCCCCAGUGGACAAAGAAGGAGGAAAGAACAGAGCUGGCGUAAGGGCCACAGGCCAUGAGAAUAGGCAGUUAAGGGGGGGUGGGUGGUGAACAAGGACAAAUAGAGUACUGCGGAUUUAGAAGGGCCCGGAAAGGACUUGUUGCACGAUGGAAGAAUAUGACUCUGAGAAAAAGAUGGAGAAUGAAAAUCUAGGGCCAAGAAUGGAUCCUCCACUAGGGGAACCGGAAGGAUCGCUUGGGUGGGUGCUACCAAAUACAGCCAUGAAGAAAAAGGUGCUGUUGAUGGGUAAAAGUGGGUCUGGUAAGACCAGCAUGAGAUCUAUUAUCUUUGCAAAUUAUAUUGCCAGAGACACACGUCGCCUUGGUGCAACAAUACUAGACCGUUUACAUAGUCUUCAAAUUAAUAGCAGUUUGAGCACCUACUCUCUCGUAGACUCUGUUGGAAAUACAAAAACAUUUGAUGUGGAGCAUUCUCAUGUUCGAUUUCUGGGAAACUUGGUGUUGAACCUAUGGGAUUGUGGUGGGCAAGAUACUUUCAUGGAAAAUUAUUUCACUAGCCAACGGGACAACAUCUUCCAAAAUGUGGAGGUUCUAAUUUAUGUCUUUGAUGUGGAAAGCCGUGAACUUGAAAAGGACAUGCACUAUUAUCAAUCAUGCCUAGAGGCUAUUCUGCAGAACUCUCCAGAUGCCAAAAUUUUUUGCUUGGUACACAAAAUGGAUCUGGUACAAGAGGAUCAACGGGACUUGAUUUUUAAAGAGCGAGAAGAAGAUCUGAGGCGUUUGUCUCGCCCAUUGGAAUGUUCUUGUUUCCGAACAUCAAUUUGGGAUGAAACUCUUUAUAAGGCUUGGUCCAGCAUUGUUUAUCAGCUGAUUCCCAAUGUUCAACAAUUGGAAAUGAACCUAAGAAAUUUUGCUGAAAUUAUUGAAGCUGAUGAAGUACUUCUAUUUGAGAGAGCUACUUUUCUGGUGAUUUCUCAUUAUCAGUGUAAAGAUCAGCGAGAUGCCCAUAGAUUUGAGAAAAUCAGCAACAUUAUUAAGCAAUUCAAACUGAGUUGCAGCAAACUGGCUGCCUCUUUUCAGAGUAUGGAAGUCAGAAACUCUAAUUUUGCUGCUUUCAUUGACAUCUUCACAUCUAACACUUAUGUGAUGGUAGUGAUGUCUGAUCCAUCCAUUCCUUCCGCAGCUACUCUGAUCAACAUCCGAAAUGCCAGGAAGCACUUUGAAAAGCUGGAAAGAGUGGAUGGACCAAAGCAGUGUCUUCUCAUGCGCUAAACAUUGCUGAUAUUGUUUCACACAGAAAUUCAAACACUGUAUCAUAAUUAAUUUUAAUGUUGUAUUCAUAUAUGUAGGCUCUCUCUGAAAUGUGAUGCCUACCACUUGUAUUUCUUCUUUACUCUCCAGUCUUAACCAUUAAUGUAGAAUGCUAUUUACUCAAAUAGCCAGUGAGGAGUUAGAAGAUGAGCUGUCCAUGACAUUGGUGUAACAUAAAAAUAGGUGAGAUAUGUAAGUGUUCUGAUAACACUGUUCUAAAAGUGUGUAAGUGUUGUGAUAGCCUGGUUCCAAUAGUUGUGUAUGCUAAAGCCUUUCCAGCAUCCUCUUGUAUUCCUUAUCAAAUAGUAACUUAUAAGUUUAGAAAAUUACUGUUUUCUCAGCAUGCAUUAAAAAUAUUCCUUAGCUUUAAUUAUAAAUAAACUUUUGCUCUUAGGGA